AAGAAAGGUGCAGUUCGUUUCAUUUUUGCGUUUUGUUUCGUUUUCCGUGGAAUAAUAUGGAGCACAUUUUUCACGAGAAGCAAGUAGGUCAGUUGUGUGCUCAGCAUUGUCUGAAUGCGUUGCUGCAGGAGCGGAAAUUCACUGCGAUGGAUUUGGCGGAAGUCGCGAGGAAUUUGGAUGACAUGGAGCGUAGUUUCAUGCGAGAAGCCGGGGAAAGUGACGAUUACCGGAGGUUCGUGACUGAGCCCUCUGGGAAUGUGGACGAUUCUGGGUAUUUCAGCAUUCAAGUGAUUGAGAAGGCUUUGGAGGUUUACGACCUCAGUCUGGUGCCCUUUAAGGCUAGUAAUGCGCGUGCCGAAGCUGCGAGAAGGCAACCCGCCGGAGAGAGAGCCUACAUCUGCAACUAUCAUGAUCACUGGUACACACUGCGGAAAAUUGGAUUGCAGUGGUUUAAUCUGAAUUCGACGUUGUCGGGCCCAGACUUGAUUUCUGAUACUUACUUGGAAAUCUUCCUGCAGCAAAUCACUGAUGAAGGACACUCAAUUUUUAUCGUCGUCGGAAACUUGCCGGAUUGUGAGGCGGACGCUUUUCUGGUUCUGAACCCGGCCACCCCUAGGAUUUCCAUCCCGUCCACGAGAACCCGUCAAGUGCCUGUUGAAGACGAGGACCUGAAAAAGGCUUUAGCUCUGAGUCUUGAGAAUGAUUUAGAUGAAGAAACGCAAAUUGCCAUCGCCUUGAGCAAAUUUGUUUCUGCUCAGGGGACAUCUGCCACGUACCAAGUGCCUGACGAAGAUGAAGAACUCAGGAGAGCUUUAGCUCUAAGUAGAGCGCAUAGCGGCAUAGCUGAGGAAACUGAAAUCCCUGUGGCCCCGAGUAUGUGUGACGGCGUGAGUGUUUCAACUCCGAACCCAACUCCAGUCGCCUCGUCCUCAUCCGAACAAGAAGAACCCAUUGUUAAACCUCAACCCGAACAAAAACCCACGUCUGCCGAAGAACUCCGAAGGCUUCGUGCUUCUUUUCUUGAUAACCUGUGUCAGCCAUCUGCUUCCCAUGAAAAUCAAUCCUAA